ACAUGCGAUAAAUGCAGGGAAGUAGUUAGGCUGACGGAGAAGAUCUUAGAAUUAGAGUCUCGCAUCCAAUCUUUAUUUGAGGAUAGUAAGAGUGUAAGAACCGUAGAAAACACUUCGGAUGCGAGCAAUGUUAGCGCACACAGCUCGGUUCCGGUUGAAAAUCCCCUGCAGCUGGGAAACUUUGUGACGGUGAGACGGCAUAGUCGCAGGACAAAACAUCACUCAACCGUUCCGAUUGAAGUCUCGAACAGGUUUGCCCCGCUCAGUGACGCACCGACUGAGAAACCUGCUGAAAGUGCCCUAGUGAUCGGUGAUUCUAUUGUCCGGAACGUUAACAUAGAGACACCAGCCACAAUAGUCAAAUGUUUACCGGGAGCCAGAGCGCCUGACAUCAAGUCAAAUUUAAAUGUGCUGGCUAAGGCUAAUCGUAAAUACAGUAAGAUUGUUAUUCAUGUCGGCACAAAUGAUGUUAGACUCCGUCAAUCGGAGAUCACUAAAGAUAAUAUUAAAGAGGUGUGUGAGCUCGCAAAAACGAUGUCAGACACUGUAAUAUUCUCUGGCCCCCUUACUGCUUACCGUGGUGAUGAGAUUUAUAGCAGAUUAUCAUCACUAAAUGGCUGGUUGUCUGAGUGGUGCCUGCAGAAUAAUAUAGAUUUUAUAAAUAACUGGAAGAGUUUUGAGGGCAGACCUGACCUGUUGAAACGAGAUGGUCUCCAUCCCUCCUGGGAUGGGGUUUCCCUCCUCUCUAGAAAUUUGGCACACAGUCUUAAUAAUGCUAAAGUCUGACUACCUAGGGCCCAGGUCAGGAAGGAGACAGAAUGGCUUAACCAACUGUCUGCUUGCCGUCUCGCGUUACAGAAUACACAAAAUAUACAACAUGUAAUAAUCCCUUUUUACAAACAACAUAAAAUAGAGACUGUGUCUGUCCCCCGGAUUAGCAAACAUAAGAUAUUGCGUAAACCUCU